AGCGUUCAUCAUCGGCGACGAUACUAGUGUGACGAAAACCGGUUGCUUUCAAUUGAUACGACCACAAUUGAUUGAGUCUCAGUCGAAAGGUGUAUUCCAUAGUGUACAGUUGACGUUACCUCCAUUUCAAGCGAAUCGUUAAAUCAUGUCAUCAAAGCCAAUUUUAUACAUGCAUGCAUUGAGUCCGCCUGCACGUUCUGUUCUAUUGACUGCAGCUGAAUUGGGCGUUGAGCUAGAGUGCAAAGUAGUUGAUUUGUUCGGACAGGAGCAUAAGCAACCCGAAUUUAUCAAGUUGAAUCCACAACACACGAUUCCAUUUCUCGACGAUAAUGGUGUGUUGAUUGCCGACAGCCACGCAAUUUGCGGGUAUUUAGUUGGAAAAUAUGGAAAAGACGACCGAUUGUAUCCAAAAGAUUUGGUGAAACGUGCUCAAGUCGAUGCUCGCUUGCAUUUUGACUCUGGUCACCUAUUCGCUCGUUUGCGCUUUUUGUAUUUCCCGAUUUUUUUCUACAAAUCAUGUGAAAUGCCGGAAGAACGCAUUAAAGAGAUUCAAACAGCAUGGGAUAUUUUGGAACGAUUUCUUGCUGAAACA